GGGAAUAUAUAACGAACAUGAUGGCUAAUUAAUAAAGGGAUUAAAUACAACUCGAAUUCGAGAAAUGGCAUCAAUAACGAAAAUAAUGACGUGCUUAGUAUCAUUAAGGUUAUUAAAAAAGUACAAUUUUAAUUCCAAAAAGCUAUAUUUUAGUGUUUCAAAUUAAGCAUCAACAUCCACAGGUACAACAGCUAAUUUAAAAUAUAAUGAAUGGUAUACAGUAAAUGAUUUAUUAUAUGGAUUAAUGCUUCCUUCAGGAAACGAUUGCGCAAUAAGUUUAGCUGAGAACUUCGGAUGCAUUCUUUAUUUUGCUAAAUAAGGCUAAUUUAAAAUGUUAGAAGGGAUAGAUAGUGUAGAUGUUUUAGAUGAUUAUUAUGUGGGGACAUAUGUGUAAUUAUUUGUCAAAGAGAUGAAUAAUAUUGCUUAGGAAUUCAAACUUAAAAGUACUAAAUUCACUAAUCCGCAUGGAUUAUCUGACAAAAUGAAUAGAUCUACAUGUAAUGAUUUGGCUUUUAUUACUUAAAAAGCACUUUAAUAGCAUGAAUUUAGGAAAAUUGUAUAGGCCAAAUAUCAUGUUGCGUAUUAUAAAAAAUUAAGUAUUUAGAAUUAAUAAGAAUAUAAAAAUGAAUGGGUUAAUACAAAUAAAUUGCUAGAUAAAGGUAAUUAUUUUGGAGUUAAAACAGGAAUCACAAAUAGUGCAGGCUCUUGCUUAAGCUCACUUUAUUGUGAUUAUAUUAAAGAAAUUAAUCAAGAUGUAAAUAUUAUUAUUGUUGUUUUGGGGUCAUUUAAGGCUGACGGAAGGUUUGAUGAUACUGAAAGUAUUGUUGAAUGGUAUAUUAAAUAAUUAAAGGAUGGUUCUAUUUGA